AUGGGAAAUUCUUCGGCGAAAAGUCAGAAAUCGUCGGAUAACUCGUCGAAAACAGAGUCAAAAGCAGAUGAUGAGGCGAAAAAGAAGCUUGAGGCGCAAUUGAUUGAGAACGAAAAAGAAAUGGAGAAGAUGAGAAAAUCGUUUGAUCAAAAAAUUCAAAGAUUGGAGCAAGAAAGUUAUGCGGCGAAAAGUUCUUUGGGGACGAAUUCGAUGUUUGAUUUCAAUGCUGAGGACUUGAUGCUCAGGGAGGAUAUUGUUAAGCUUCUCCCACAUGUCAAAGAAGCGAAUUCCUUAGGCACUGGUUUCUGA